ACGGGUGACAGCGAGCUCUGGUCGGUCAGUCAUGGCAUCUUCCGCGAUGGACGCACUGGUGCCUUUGGUGACGGCGCUGUACGAGGCGCAGGCGUUCAAAUUCGGGGACUUCGUGCUCAAAAGCGGGCUCUCUUCCCCGGUCUAUGUGGACCUGCGUGGCAUCGUCUCCAGACCACUGCUCCUCAAACAGGUUGCAGAUAUCUUGUUUAAAACUGCUCAAAAUGCAGGGAUCAGUUUUGACACCGUAUGUGGAGUGCCCUAUACGGCUUUGCCUUUGGCAACAGUUAUCUGCUCAACCUACCAAAUUCCAAUGCUCAUUCGAAGGAAGGAGACAAAAGAUUAUGGUACUAAACGUCUCAUAGAAGGAACUAUUAAUCCAGGAGAAACCUGUUUGAUCAUUGAAGAUGUGGUGACCAGUGGUUCUAGUGUUUGGGAAACUGUUGAGGUCCUUCAGAGGGAAGGUUUGAAAGUCACAGAUGCCAUCGUAUUGCUGGACAGAGAGCAGGGAGGCAAGGCCAAGCUGCAAGAGCAAGGCAUUCACUUACAUUCCGUCUGUACCUUGUCAAAGAUUCUGGAGAUUCUUGAGCAGCAGAAAAAGAUUAAUGCUGAGAUGGUUGGGAAAGUGACGAGAUUUAUUCAGGAUAACAACUUUGGAAUUGCUAAGCAAAAUGGUAUCGAACCUGCAAAGGAAACUCUCAAAGAACUUAGCUUUGGCAUGCGUGCCCAGCUCCCUGGGACCCAUCCUAUGGCAUCAAAACUUCUCAGGCUUAUGGAAAAGAAGCAGACCAACUUGUGUCUUUCUGCUGAUGUUAUUGAGGCCAAAGAACUGUUGCAGCUAGCAGCUACUCUUGGUCCUAGCAUCUGUAUGCUCAAGACUCACGUAGAUAUUCUGAAUGACUUCAACAUGGAGAUCAUGGAGAACUUGAAAGCCUUAGCAGAAAUCCAUGAGUUCUUAAUAUUUGAAGACCGAAAAUUUGCGGAUAUAGGAAACACAGUGAAGAAGCAAUAUGAAGGUGGUGUUUUCAAAAUAGCUUCCUGGGCAGAUCUAGUAAAUGCCCAUGUGGUGCCAGGCCCAGGAGUUGUGAAAGGCCUCAGUGAAGUGGGGAUGCCGAUGCAGCGAGGCUGCCUCUUGAUUGCAGAAAUGAGCUCCUCUGGGUCUUUGGCCAUGGGCGACUACACGAAAGCAGCUGUGAAAAUGGCUGAGGAAAAUUCAGAAUUUGUAAUUGGUUUUAUUUCUGGUUCAAGAGUAAGCAAGAAACCAGAAUUUGUUCACUUGACUCCGGGUGUCCAAAUACAAGCUGGAGGGGAUAAUCUUGGCCAACAGUAUAACAGUCCACAGGAAGUUAUUGGCAAACGAGGUUCUGAUGUCAUCAUUGUGGGCCGUGGCAUAUUAACAGCCUCCAACCAUCUAGAAGCAGCUGAAAUGUAUAGAAAAGCUGCCUGGGAAGCCUAUUUAGCUAGACUUAAUGUUUGAAUCUCUGAAAAUACUUUAUUUUUUAAAACAUUUCUACUCAAAUGCUCUGACUUCACAUUGACCAUACCACAAAAUCAAAAUUGCAAAGACUAGGGAAGCUGCCAGGCACUUGAGUAUUUAAUGACUGGGAAACACUCCUAUGGUAAUAAAUGCUUUCUAAAAUAUAGUUUUCUUGUGACUGACAUUUUAUAAGGCAGUCAUGGAAUCUGUUCCACCUUCUUUUUAUUAAGCUAAGAGCGAAAGAGCUGAGUCAAAAGGCUCAGCUUGUCAGUGACAAGCCUUUUAUACUUGAAUAUGUUUAUUUUUGUAGAAAUUUAUUCCCAUUUAAAAGACAAAAAAAAUUUAUUGAUGUUUUAUUUUUUUAAACAUCUUGGUUACUUUACUUCUCAUAAGGAAAUAUAGUUAAGCAAAACAAACUGUACUAACAGUUUUAUAUGUCAAGGCCACCAUUUGAAAAAAGUGUAUGUUUUGUCUUCUGGAGUCAGGAUUGGUCAUUUUAUUAAGCAGAAUUAAUUAUUAAGCAGUUGUUAUCCUUUGUUACCAUCAUAUAAAUGGUGCUUUUUUAAAAUGUACUCUGCAUUCAUUUUUAUCAGUCUUCACAUGAAACCCCUUUAUCUUUGGCAUUGAAGUAUAUGCCUAGUAGAGGUACUUGUGGGUCAGAGAACAUGGACAUUUUAGUGAUUUUUUUUUUGUUUUUUGUUUUUUUGAAGAGGCUUCCUUCUCACCUCCCAAAUAUAUGGCAAAACAAUAGCUUGUUAGUAGCAGUGAAUCAGUUUUCUUCUUGAUUCUGGGAUAAGAGGGCACUUUUUUCUUCCUGUUUUAUAAUCAUCCUUUCAAUGAUAAAUUUUAAAUGAUAGCUUUAUCAUUCAUUCUCCAUAAUAAUAAUUUGCUAAUCCAAACAUGUUACCUAAUUUUUUCUUAAAAGAUAUUGAGACAUUCCUCAAGAUGUAGUUGACUCAGGAGACUUGAUGUCUCUGCCUUAUUACCUGGAUACUAAGCAUCCACAAGGAGCCUGAGGACUCUCAGAUGCUUGGUUAAUAGGUUGCAACUGGACCUUUGUUCAACUACAUCAACUCAAGAGGUUUUUCAAUGUUAUUUGUCUUUCUUGAUACCUUUAUUAUGGCUAAAUAAAUCAUUCUUGCUAA